GCAGUCUACCAGUAAGUUUGAGAGCUCACAAUAACCGACUAGCAGGGAAAAUGAAGCUCCCAAUUUUUAUAGCGGAUGCAUUCACAGCAGAAGCAUUUCGUGGGAACCCUGCUGCUGUUUGCCUCCUAGAAAAUCAACUGGAUGAAGACAUGCAUCAAAAAAUUGCAAGGGAAAUGAAUCUGUCUGAAACUGCCUUUAUCCGAAAAUUACAACCAACUGACAACUUUACGCAAAGUGCCUGCUUUGGACUAAGGUGGUUCACGCCUGCAAGUGAGGUCCCCCUCUGCGGCCACGCCACCCUGGCUUCUGCAGCUGUGCUGUUUCACAAAAUAAAAAAUGUGAAUAGCACUCUGACCUUCAUGACUCUGAGUGGGGAACUCAGGGCCAGAAAAGCAGAGGAUAGCAUCAUCCUGGACUUUCCUCUUUAUCCAGCCAAUCCUCAGGACUUCGGAGAAGUAAAGGAGUUGAUAAAGACUGCCCUAGGUGACACAGAGGUCCAGGACAUCCGCUAUUCUCCAGACACGCGCAAGCUCCUGGUGCGACUCAGUGAUACCUACGACAGGUCAUUCCUGGAGAACCUGAAGGUGAAUGCGCAGAGUCUGCUGCAGGUUGAAAACACAGGGAAGGUGAGAGGCCUCAUCGUCACCCUGAAAGGAAAGGCGCAGCCCCAGGCCAUCGACUUUUACUCCAGAUACUUCGCCCCGUGGGUUGGCGUGGCGGAAGACCCUGUAACAGGGUCAGCACAUACUGUUCUUGGCAGCUAUUGGUCCCAGCAACUGGGGAAGAAAGAGAUGCGUGCCUUUCAGUGUUCCCCCCGAGGAGGAGAACUGGCCAUUUCCCUGCGUUCUGAUGGAAGAGUUGACAUUCGAGGUGGCGCUGCGGUGGUCUUAGAAGGCACCCUGACAGCCUAGACGUGAUGGCGCUUUUGAACAACCAUAGAUUUUCUGCAAAUGAAGAGAUGCAAGUGCUGUCUUAGCAAGCUGGAUAGUAGUAACAGGCUUAAUUUUUAUGAUCAAUAUGGAAAAAUGAUGACAUGUUAAUGGAGAUUUAUUUUUUUUGCAGUGCUGGGGGUCAAGCCCAGAACCUCACCUGUAAGAGGUGUGAGCUCUACCAUUGAGCUGCAUCCCAGUCCAAAUUGGAGAGUCAGUGUUUCCUGAUUAAGGCCACUUUGACUCUACCUAUGAGUGUGUUUGAAAUAUUAG